UAGUUAAUUCAUUAUCAGCAUCUAGGUAUGUAUAUCUAUGGAAUAAUAAUAUAUACCAUGCAACAAAAUAAUACAUACCAUGACAAAUAUAUAUGUAUAUUAAAUUCUAGUUUUAUGCUACUUUAAACACAAACAUAUUGCGCCAAGUUUUCACAAAGGUUGAAAAAAACCCUCAUAUAAACCAGCUGGACACAAUCAGGUAACAAGGAAAUGACAGAACAUGGGGAAGAGACAGGACCAAAACCAAAUUCUUGUCACCAUGACAACUGCAACAUAAAGGGGGAUCUAUGACAGUUUUCAUACGUUGUUUUUAAUUAGAUAUCAGAAAAAAAGUUCCAGAUCACCUGAACCCAGUGGUGUGUCUAUGAAGAGUGACAAGUCAAUAGAGUUUCCAAUAACGUUUCAAGGGGAAGAGCAAAAAAGAUUAAUUGGGCAUUCUGAACGAUUGGAGUCUGUGUCACAGCUUCUAGUGAUGGAGAACAAAGAGCAUCAGAGCAGUACCAAAGAACUGGGCUCAUGGAAGCAAAAAUUCAAAUCCAAACUGCAGAAUAAAUUUCAGAUGAUUAAUGAGGGAAUUCCACUGUAUGGAAAUUUAAGACCUCUGAAUGAGAUUUACACAGACCCCUACAUCACAUCAGAUUGUGAGUGUGGACACGUCAAUGAUGAACAUGAGGUCAGACGUAUUGAAAAGGCUUGCAGGAGACUACUAACAGAGGAGUCCAUCAAUUGUAAUGACAUAUUUAAACCUUUACCUGGAGAUGAGAAACCCAUCAGAACUGUGCUAACAGAAGGCAUUGCUGGAAUUGGGAAAACAGUGUCUGUGCAGAAGUUUGUUCUGGACUGGGCUGAAGGAAAAGCAAAUCAGGAUUUGGAUUUCAUUUUUCCAUUUAACUUUAGGGAGUUGAAUUUUAAGAAGAAAGAAAAUCUCAGUUUGUUGGAGCUUCUCCACUGUUUCUUCCCAGAAACCAAAGAACUUAAACUAGACUAUAAUCACUACAGAGUCAUGUUCAUCUUUGAUGGACUGGAUGAGUCUCGUUUUUCUCUCGAUUUCCUAAGCAGCAAAAGGUUGACAGAUCUAACAGAGUCAGCUUCAGUAGACGUACUCUUAACAAACCUAAUUAAAGGGUAUCUUCUUCCAUCUGCAUUCCUCUUGAUAACAUCUCGGCCGGCAGCCUCCGGUCAGAUUCCUACUGAUUAUAUUGACAAAGUAACAGAGGUACGAGGUUUCAAUGACCCUCAGAAAGACGAGUACUUCAGAAAAAGAAUCAGUGAUCAAACCCUGGCUGAUAAAAUCAUCACACACCUGAAGUCAUCACGAAGUCUUUACAUUAUGUGCCACAUGCCAGUCUUCUGUUGGAUUGCAGCGACUGUUCUCGAGGGAAUGUUCAGCGAAGCAGAAACUGGAGAGGUCCCCAAGACCCUGACUCAAAUGUUCACACAUUUCCUGAUCUUACAGAUCAAACAUAUAUCCAUAAAGUACAAAAAACCUGAAAUGGAUCCUAGACAGAUUGCAAACAUUCUACUAAAACUGGGAAAGCUGGCAUUCCAGCAGCUGGAGAAAGGAAACCUGAUCUUCUACGAGGAGGACAUCACUGAGUGUGGAAUUGAUGUCCAAGAGGCCACGGUGUACUCAAGAGUUUGUACUCAGAUCUUUAUCGAGGAAGUCAUUUCACAUCUGGGGAAGCUGUACAGCUUUGUGCAUCUGAGUGUUCAGGAGCAUCUUGCUGCUGUGUAUGCAUUUCUCUCAUGUAUCAACGGAAACCUCUCAAAACAACAAACCCCUAGAAUCUUCGACCUCUCCAGCAAGGCAACACUGUUAGACCUUCUAAAGGCAGCAGUAGACAAGGCCUUACAGAAUAAGAACGGACAUCUGGACCUUUUCCUCCGCUUCCUUACGGGUCUCUCACUGGAGUCCAAUUCAGUUCUCUUACAAGACCAACUGACCGAGACAGGACGCAGCUCUCUGAGCAAACAUGCUGCUGUCACAAACAAGGAAAUAACCACAUACAUCAGGAAGAAGAUCAAGAAGAAGCCAUCAGCAUGCAAAUCCAUCAAUCUGUUCCAUUGUCUGAAUGAACUGAAUGACCAGUCUCUGGUACAGGAAGUCCAAACCUUUUUGAGAAAAACAGCAGAUCAUCGCCUGCAAGGAGUCAGACUUUCUCGAGUUCAGUGGUCAGCUCUGGUUUUUCUGUUGCUGAACUCAGAAAAGGAGCUGGAAGAGUUCAACCUACAGAAAUAUGCAGCAUCAGAUGAGUGUUUGAUGAAACUACACCCAGUUGUCACAGCAUCCAGAAAAGCUCUGCUGUGUGGUAGUAAUCUCUCAGAUAAAAGCUGUAAAGUUCUGGCAGAAGUUCUCAGCUCAGUCUCUUCAUGUCUGAGAGAGCUGGACCUGAGUGAUAAUAAACUGCAGGAUUCAGGAGUCAAACUGCUUUCUGUUGGGUUGAAGAGUCCACACUGUAAACUGGAGAUCCUAAGGUUGCGUAACUGUAACAUUACAGAAGAAGGCUGUGUGGCUCUUACUGAGGCUCUGAGGUCAAAUUCACACCUGACAGAGCUCGAUCUGAGAGAUAAUGAUUUAGGAGAACAGGGAGUGAAGCUGCUCUCUGAUAUAAAGGAGGAUGAAAAGUUCACACUGGAGAAGUUGGAAAUCUGAAUCUACAGAAUCCACACCUGACCUGCUGUAAGGAUGAAAUCAUGUACAGAUACCAGCUAACAAAACAUGAUCUUUUGGCUGUUCAAUAUUAGCUUUUUUUACUAUCAGCUAAUUAUAUAUCUAAUCAGGAGAGGUAUUUUCUACUUUUUAGCUAAGAAAACUUUAUUUAGCGAAAAGAGAGACAGAGGUAAUGCACCAGUUUGAUUAUAAAAUAAUGGACCAAUCUCAUGUGAUUCUUUACACUACAUAGGAUGAAGUACUACAUUCGUAUCAUACAUUAUAUAGUGCGGUUAUAUAGCAAAUAAGGAGCUGUAUCCCACCUCGCUCCCUAAUAGACACAUCUAUUAUCUCUGGAUUUUAUUAAUAUCUACUUAAUUGAGAUAUCUCUGUACGACAUAAAAUGUUAUAAUGUUUGUCUGUGAGGGUAGAUUAAUAUCUAUUUCAAAAUUCUGUCACUGUAAUAUGUUUCAGUUCAUGUUUAUGUAAGCAUGUUUAUGUAAGAGUUUUGUGUGUUGUACUUUAUUUUUCAGGGUUAGUAUGUUUGAAUGGUGGGUGUAGAAUUUAACAGACAGGACAGUCAAUGAGAACAACAGACAAGACAGGACAGCAGACGCGACAUGGACAUUGUGCAAGCCAGGACGGUGGGUUGAGAGGUGGGGGGGAAUGGGGGGUGGUAUGGGAGGAGUGUACAAAGAGAAGUUGUUGGAGUGUCGGUGUGUUAAUUAAUAUGUAUAACAGAAUGUUGUGUGUAUGUGUGUGUAAUUUAGCUGCAUGUGUUUGUGAGCAUUGUUCUUGAGAUGUGUGGUAUGGCUUUGAUUAUGUGGUUUGUCUGUAGGGACUGCAUUGCUAGAGAUUGUGAGGUGAUUCCCUGGUGUAUGUAGGUAAUGAGUGGUGUCCAAAUAGAGUCAAAUUUGGUAGCUUUAGUUUUGAUCGAGGCAGAGAUUUUUUCCAUUGUUAAGUAGUUGAUUAUUAGGUUUUUAUAAUGGGUGAUAUUAAUGUUAUUCUUUGAUUUAGAGUCUGUUAGUAUGGUUUUCUUGUCGAUGGUCAGCGCUGUAAGAAGAACUGUUUUGUAUUUUCCUGUUGAUCUCAGAUGUAUCUUUGAGUAAGCAGAUUGAAGGGAAGAGUGGGAUGAUGUGAUUUAGAAAAUGAGAUUUUUCCUUAGUGAUUUGAUCCCAGACAUUCUUAACUGCCCAUAUGGCAUGUAUGUAAUCGUCUGGUGUAUUUUACUGAAAUUAUAGUUUUAUCAAAUUUCCACCCAGCUGUUAAAGUCCCUGCAAUCGUUGGGCUUUUGAAGCAGGAAUAGCAUUUGAUUGCUGUGCUGAUGAUGUAUAUCCAAGAUUCUGAUUGCUUUGCAUAGUCCCUGUUCUGCAUCUAGCCAUAUCUCAUUAAUCUGACAGGGUUUUAUCCAUUUGAUUAUAUAUUGGAGUUGGUUAGCGAGUUAGUUGAAAGUUUGAAAGUUUGGGGCAUCAAGUCGUCCAUAAUGUUUGUGUCUUUGUAAAGUAGUUAAUUUGAUUCUAGGAGGUUUGUUUUUCCAAUUAAAUUUUAAAAUAAUGGAAUUGAGGGAUUUGAACCAGGAAGGGGGGGGGGGGGGUUGAGCAGGGAUCAUUGAAAAUGAUGCUAUUCUGCCAAUGAGAGAGAGGAGAAGGUUUAUCCAGGGUUGGAGAUCAUUAUUUAUGGUGUUUGAUAAUGGGAUAAAAUUGAGUUUAUGCAGGUCUGACAGCUUGGCAGAGAUCUUUGAAACCAAGAUAAGUGAUGUAGUGAGUGCAUAUGGGGAUAGGUAGAAAUUGAACAGUUGAGUAGUGAACAAUUGCCUUGUAUAGUAGUGAACAAUUAACUUGUAUAGUAGUGAACAAUUACCUUGUAUGGUAGUGAAGAGUUCAGGUAAUAAAUUAAACCUGAACUCUUCACUACCAUACAAGUCAAUUGUACAUGGCUAUACAAGGAAAUUGUUCGCUACUAUACAAGGCAAUUGUUCGCUACUAUACAAGGCAGUUGUUCGCUACUAUACAAGGCAAUUGUUCACUACUAUACAAGGCAAUUGUAUGCUACUAUACAAGGCAGUUGUUCACUACUAUACAAGGCAAUUGUUCACUACUAUACAAGGCAAUUGUAUGCUACUAUACAAGGCAAUUGUUCACUACUAUACAAGGCAAUUGUUCACUACUAUACAAGGCAAUUGUUCACUACUAUACAAGGAAAUUGUUUGCUACUAUACAAGGCAAUUGUGCACUACAAGGAAAUUGUAUGCUAUUAUAUAUCUAAAUGGGCCCUUUUCACACCAAAAACAGAAGUUCUUAGAUGCAGGAUAAAAUGAGUUCCAGUAAACUACUUGUCUACCAUUGAAACAGUGGUGUUAUCACCUUCACUCACAAUGAAAAGAUUUUUCACCUCAUAUUUGUCUAUGCUGCUGAGAUAAAACUUCAUAGAUGUGUCCCUAACUUGGAGAGAACGCUGAGAACUCAGCAACAAAGGUUUACACACUGAAUAAAUGAUAUGAAUUCUUUGUGGAAGAAUUCAUUCCCAGUCAUCAGGGUAAAGUUGUGGAUAGAUGAACACUAAGACCUAGCAUUUUGCUAGCUGUAUUUGUAGCUAAUUAAGAGGUAGCACUAGUAGUGAGAUUGAUAACUGUUUGUUUGUUCAGUUUACCAGUUAAUGAAGUUCAAUAAAGAACUGCACGAUCUUAAGACUAAAC